AUGGAGACCCUGGAAGGAGCUGAACUCUGCUUUCCACACCUCCUCAACACCUCCUGCAGGAAGAACACACAUCCUCACUCCAGUAUCAUGCUGCUCUACAUCCUGAUAUUCUCCAUGUCUCUGCUCACUGUGGCUCUCAACCUGCUGGUCAUCAUCUCCAUCUCCCACUUCAGGCAGCUCCACACCACCACCAACUUCGUCCUCCUCUCUCUGGCUGUCUCAGACCUCCUCGUGGGCCUCCUGCUGAUGCCGCUUGAAAUCAUCCGUUUAGGGUCUUGUUGGUUUUUGGGUGAUGUCUUGUGCUCUGUGUUAUACCUUUUGGGUUUCAUCAUUACCUCUGCCUCAGUAGGAAACAUGGUGCUCAUAUCAGUCGACCGCUAUGUGGCUAUUUGUGACCCUCUGCGUUACCCCAUCACAAUCACUCAGACAAGAGUUCAAAUCUGUGUUUGUGCAUGUUGGACCUCUGCUGUUUUCUACAGCAGUCUGAUUCUCAAAGAUGUUCUGACACAACCAGGCAGGCAUAUUUCCUGUCAUGGACAGUGUGUUAUUGUCAUUAACUAUAUCUCAGGGGCUGUUGACCUUGUUUUCACUUUUAUCUGUCCCAUUACUGUGAUCAUAGUUCUGUAUUUGAGAGUGUUUGUGGUGGCUGUGUCUCAGGCUCGUGCCAUGAGAUCCCACAUUGUGUCUGUCACUCUGCAGCCUUCAGGGACUGGAACUGCUAAGAAAUCGGAGCUGAAAGCAGCCAGGACUCUCGGGAUUGUUGUAGCUGUGUUUCUUAUUUGUUUUUGUCCAUAUUACUCCUCCUGUCUUAUAAACCAGGAGACCUCAAGCAAUGUUUUUUCUAUAAAAUUUGAAGUGUGGCUGCUUCUUUUUAACUCCUGUUUAAAUCCUCUGAUCUAUGCCCUUUUCUAUCCUUGGUUUAGAAAAUCUAUUAAACUCAUUGUCACACUCCAGAUCCUGCAACCUGAUUCCCGUGAGGCCAACAUACUGUAG